UGGAGAGGUUGCGGGUCCGUCGGAUGCUUUCCAGCAACCGCUGCUGCCUCAGACACCAUCUCUCCCUUACAGGUGUUCCAGGACCCAGCCACCCGAGCGCUCCCUUGCUGUCUCUGCGGCCCGUGAAGAUGAGGUUUCCAGCCUGGGCGGAACUUCCGACACCACCCCUCAACGCAGCAGCCUGCGAAUACAGAAGAAGAAGAGGACGGCCUCUCCAUCUCCAGUGCGCGUCACGACGGGGAGGGGUAGAGGCCGUCAAUCACCAGUGAAGGGAAGGAGGGAUCUUUUUUCAUUGCAGGUUCCUAUGGAUGAGCAGACAGCGUCACCAGUGGCCAGGCAGACUCAGCUGGACAAUGUGACGGCGCCUCAGCGGCUAGAAUUCCUUUCUAGGCCGGCUAGCAGCUCACAGAGAGAUGACAGCUCAGCGUCCCAAGCUGGAGCAGCGACAUCUAGUGGUUCAUUAUCCUCCAUCUGGAUCAUUGGACAUUCAUUUGUUCAUUGGGCUCACAUCCGGGCGUGUCAACGAUGUUACUCUUCUAAUCUGUCUUUGCCUCCUGACUCUUUUAAGAUUUUUUGGAAAGGUAUUCGUGGUUUGCGUUGGGACAAUCUUUGUCACCACAUUUCUAAUUUAUCUCACAGUUUACCAUAUCCUGAUAUUCUAAUAAUCCACCUUGGGGGUAAUGACAUAGGAAAGUAUUCAACUCUAGAUUUGAUCUUUAAGAUUAAGCGCGAUUUGCAGCAUAUUCAUUUGUCCUUUCCUAGUACUAAAAUAAUUUUUUCUGAAGUGAUUCCGCGUUUUCUCUGGCUAUCUUUCCCGGAGAAUAGGUCUCUGGAGAAGAUUCGGAGGCGUGUUAAUCAUUCAAUUGAGAAAUUUAUGCCUAUAUUGAACAGUUUUUCAUAUAGGCAUACUGAAUUGGAAGGAGGUUUUUCUGGUCUCUAUAGGUCGGAUGGUAUCCACCUAUCUGACAUAGGUUUGGAUAUCUUCAAUUCGGAUCUCCAGAAUAUGGUAGAAAUGGCCACGGUGCUGGGGUAGGCCGUUUUUUGUCAGCUGACAAAAUCCGGCUGGUGGGGACUUUGUAUUUAUUAGUUAUGGUAUUCGCUCGAGUUCUAUGACUGAGCGAGAUCUUAAGAGAUGAUUAAAGUUUGGAAAAUGUUAUAUUAAGAAUUUAAAUAAUAUUUAAAAAUGUUACUAUUAGAAUUUUAGUAAUAUUAAAUGGAAUAUUUAUGAUUAUAUAGAUUUAUUUAUACCAAUAACGGU